AGAGAGCUAUGUUCGGCUCAAGCUGAGAGCCGCGUUUGGAGCAGCAUGUUGUGGCUUGUGCUCGCAGUGGUAGCUUUGGGCUAUGCCACCCCGCUGAACUUUUUGGUCACGAAGCCGACUUUGCGUGGAGGAGCAGGCAUUCGCAUUGUCCACAGCGAUCAUGUGCUCUCUAGAAAGACCGCCAGAGGCGAUAGAUCAGGAGUUGCAGCGAUUGGCAUGGCUUUGGCCAUCGGAGUUGUCUCAAGGCGCCACCAGCGCCUCACCACUGCUGCGCGAGCGGUGACAGAGGUGGCGCAGGUGAAACUUUCCAAAAUCAUUGGAGGGAAAGCCACCCCAGCACCUCCCGUGGGUCCUGCGAUUGGAGCCUUUGGUUUGAACAUCGCCUUUUUCGUCAAGGAGUACAAUGCCUUGACUGCGGACAAGGUCGGCGAGGCCUGUCCUUGCAUUGUUCAUGUGAUGAGUGACAAAAGCUUCAAGAUUGAGUUGAAAACUCCUUUGACAGCAACACUUUUGCACAAGGCAGUGGGUGCCAGCAAGGGAUCGGGAAAAGCUGGUAAGGACAUGAUUGGCACCAUCUCCAUCGAGAAACUGGAAGAGAUAGCCAAGAUCAAGCUUGCUGACUUGAAUUGUGAGGAUAUUUCACGUGCCAUGAAAAUUGUUCAUGGCACUGCGGUUGCCUCUGGCAUCAAAGUAGAAGGCUACGAGAAAUGGCUGAAGAAAUCUGUGCCCAAGCCCAAGUCCAUCAUGGACAGAUACGGCCCAGGAGUUUCCAGACUACCUGCGCCAUGGGGUGAGGGACCACGACUGAAAUAGGCACCUGAGGCACAAGAUAGCGACAAGGAAUAGGAGUGUUGCUUGCAAGGCUCUAAGAGCUUCUCUUGGGCAAGUGCUAUUUUGGCAAUGCUAAGACAGCACGUUUCGCAAGAAGCUCGAGUUAGUGAAAGCCUCGGCCAAUAACGCCUGCUCACAAAAUGCAGCUGCUUAUCCUCAGUGGGCUUGCUUUUGCUAUGCGAAGAAAGUCUAAAGAUGUAACAGGUUAUUACUU